GCGGAGCGAUGUCGGAGGUGCGCAAGAGAACGACCGUCGGCGACGCGACAUCGUCGACAGCGGCAUCGCGAGACGUCAGUGACGAUCAGAAAGAAGAUGUUGAAUCCGAAGAUGAUGCGAAAUUGGAGGUAGAGGAGUUAGCAAAGGCUUUACCUCAAGGAACUGACCAUACUCCACAUAUUUUAAGUUCCGUUCUCUCCGGUCUUCCAGAUCGCUGGCGAAAUUGGAUAAUUAGAACCAUUUUUACUUGGUUUAUGAUAGCUGGGUUUUGUCUCAUUAUUUAUGGGGGUCCAUUAGCGUUGAUGAUUACAACGUUGAUUGUACAAGUGAAAUGCUUUGAAGAAAUCAUUAAUAUUGGAUAUGCUGUAUAUAGGAUCCAUGGUCUACCAUGGUUCAGAUCUUUGUCAUGGUAUUUUUUGAUAACCUCGAAUUACUUUUUCUAUGGAGAAAAUUUAAUGGACUACUUUGCGGUGGUAAUUAAUCGAACAGGAUAUCUACGUGUGCUCGUUACAUACCAUCGAUUUAUCUCAUUCUGUCUUUACAUUGUUGGCUUCGUAUGGUUUGUACUCUCACUCGUGAAAAAAUAUUAUAUGAAGCAGUUCUCCCUAUUUGCUUGGACGCACGUCGCGUUACUUAUUGUUGUGACACAGAGUUAUCUUAUCAUCCAGAAUAUAUUCGAAGGAUUGAUAUGGUUCAUCGUACCUGUCAGUAUGAUUGUCAUAAACGAUGUAAUGGCAUAUAUGUUUGGUUUCUUUUUUGGACGAACACCAUUAAUAAAAUUAUCCCCGAAGAAGACUUGGGAAGGUUUUAUUGGUGGUGGUAUUUCGACUGUUAUACUUGGAUUAUUGAUGUCCUACAUCAUGUGUCAGUAUCGCUAUUUCGUCUGCCCUAUUGAGUACAGCGAAGCUUUAGGAAGAAUGACUAUGGAUUGCGAACCAUCGAGUUUAUUCCAACCACAAGAAUAUACAUUGCCAAGCAGUCUUCAAGUGAUAUCAAGAAUGUUAAAUGGAAAAUCUACCUUGACGAUAUAUCCAUUUAUUUUACAUUCGCUCUCGCUAUCAAUAUUCAGUUCAGUAAUUGGUCCAUUUGGAGGAUUUUUUGCUAGCGGAUUCAAACGAGCGUUUAAGAUUAAGGACUUCGGUGAUAUAAUUCCUGGUCAUGGUGGAAUAAUGGAUAGAUUUGAUUGUCAGUAUUUAAUGGCAACAUUCGUGAAUGUUUAUAUUUCUUCAUUUAUCCAUACUGCAUCGCCUCAAAAACUGUUACAGCAGGUUUAUAGCCUGAAGCCAGAGCAACAAUUGCAACUUUUCCAAACACUAAGAGAUUCAUUGGAAAAUAGGGGUAUGCUAAAUUAAGUUUUUAAAUAAAAUUAAUAUUUUUUAAGUUAAAAAUGUAUUUAAUGGCAAAACCGCU